UUGCUUCCUGUUUAUGUCUAUCCCAAGGUUGUAAACCCGUGGGUCAACCCGCUUUGAUCCUGACAGGCCUUACACAUCCGUCGGGUCUACCAGCUGCAUGGUAUCCGAUUUGAGGUCAAACAACGUUGUUUUUCUUUUGGUUUGUGAAAUGCGUCUAUUUUUUGGUUUUUCUUUUCGCCUAACCCAAUCUUUAAAAUUCUAAGUUAAACAUUUGAACAUUUUUUUUUAUGAAUCGAUGGGUUUCUUAUUCAUCAAAAAGUGGGUGCUAGCAACUGCCUUACUACAAUCGAGUUCUACUACUACUACUACAGCCUCUGAGACAAAAGUUCACCCAACCUAGAAAAGACUAACUCGAUGGCUACUAAGCACACAUUCAACCUCUGCCUUUAUCAACUUCAGUAGGAUAGGAAAUUCUUUUGUCUCCCCUGCAUACAAUCGACGACACCUCUCUCGCCAGAUAUGGCUCACCCAUGCCUGCCAUAUAAACAAUUUAUUUUUGGGGUGCUAGUGGAUAGAGUGAGGAAGAAGAUCAAACACUGGAAGAGCCAGAAUCUCUCUGUGGCUGCCAAAGAAGUGUUUAUCACGGCUGUGGCCCAAUCACAAAAUACCUACACGAUGUCAGUCUUUCUGAUCCCUGAUGGGGUUCUUGAUGAACUAAGGAAAACUAUCUCUAGCUUCUGGUGGGGACAACAGAAGGAAGAGAAGAGAAUCUCCUGGAAAGCAUGGAAGAAACUUUAUAACCCUAAGGAAGAAGGAGACUUAGGUUUCAGAGUCCUGAAGACCUUUAAUUUGGCUUUACUCGGGAAACAAGUAUGGAACCUCCUACAAAACCCAAAUUCUCUUGUAGCAUGAGUCCUGGAAGCCAAAUAUUAUCCAAACACAGAUGUCCUACAGGCAGGGGCGGAGCCAGGAUUUGGUGCUGGGGGGGGGGGGGGAGUUUCAUAUUUUGGUACUGCAAAAAGAUGUUAAAAUUAUUUAAAUAAUAAACGAAAAAUAUUUGAAAUAUUAUGAUAACUGUACCUUUUAAAGAGGAUUAAAGUCACUCAAAAUAAAAUCUAAACUAAUUUUUUUACCAUGGCAGGUUUAAUGUAGAUUAGAAAAGAAAAAAAAAUGUGUUUUAAUAUUGUAUAUCCAUCCUAUUUUCAUAAUUAAAAAAAAGAAGAAUAUUGCGUAUUUGGAGAACAAUUUAUGUAUUAUAUACAAAAGUUUUUGUAAAAAAUUGAAGUUGAAAGGUUGAUGGAUCUAGUUUUAAAUUAAAGGAUUUAAUAAAAACUAAAUAUACAAGUUAUUAGCUAAUCUAAUUUGAAACUAAAGGAGUUAUGUUAUGGAAUGAAUACCUGUUAAGUCAUUUUUUAGCUAAAAGCCUAAAAGUUGGAAAAAUAAACCAAGACCAACACUCUCAGGUUCUGAACCCGUUACCUGUGAGUUAUUUAAGCAUUUCCCAUCCGCUAGACUACCCUGAUUUUUUUGUUACUAAAAUGCACACUACAACUAUACUAAUUUAUCCAUAGUUAAUACGAAAGAAUCAGGAUGCUCGUUGGGUUUACACAUAACUUUCGAAAUUCUCGGGGGAGGGGGGGGGGGGCAGCCAAGAUGUGGCUCCGCCCCUGCCUACAGGCGAGGGUGGGCUAUAGUCCUAGUUUCACGUGGAGAAGUAUAAUGGCAGCUCAAGCUCUGAUGAGAGAUGGCUUACGAUGGAGGAUUGGAGAUGGAAGAAAGACUGAAAUCUGGCGGGAUAGAUGGCUAGCAACAGCAGAGGAGGACAGUUUCAAGAUUACCUCCCCACAGUGUCAUAUAGGGGAGACAUCAACAGUUGUUGAAUUGAUUGACCAUAACACUAGAUCGUGGAAGAGCAAGGGACCCCCAUUCCUCAACAGCCAGCACAAGAUGAGCAGGUGCGGUGUUUUGAAAAGAGUGGUGUUUACUCUAUUAAAACAACUUAUCACUUUUGGUAUAAGAAGAGAACAGAGCAGGAGAUACAUUGGGGAGAAGUGGCGCUAGACCCUGAGGAGGAGUAGAUUACAGGAGUGGAGGUCUAUGACCCUAUGAAUUGGAAGCAUUUAUGGAAACUCUCUAUACCUCCAAAGGUAAGAGUGUUCAUAUGGAGAUUGGCACACAAUAUCCUUCCCAACGGGAAGGACAUUGAGGACAGGAAGAAGGAUGUGAGCCCCAAUUGCCCCUUUUGUGACAUGGAGGAAACCCAAAAUCACAUUUUUAGGGAAUGUGAGUGGACAACUCGAAUCUGGAGACUUCUUUCAGGAACUUAUUCGAACUAUAGAUGAAACCCUUACGAAUGGGAAGUGGUUGCGUGAGGUUAUGGAGAUGACAGAUGAUGACACCCUAGGGCAAUUCGGGGUCCUACUCUGGUUCAUUUGGUGGUAUGAGCGAAACAAUCAAUUAUUCACACAACCACAAGGCAGAGGAAUGGGAAAUUGCAGGCAAAGCGAUUGCUUACUAGAAAGAGUACCAAAGCCAAAACUCCAGGGUAUGGUUGAGGAAGAGGAGAGAAUUCGUACCUGGCAAAAGCUGUCGGCGGGUUGGUUGAAGAUGAACGUCGAUGUGGCUGUUCUGAUGCGAGAGGGAACGUGUUUUGGAGUGGUAGUGCGAGAUGAACAUGGAAAAUUCUUGUGGGCGUGUGUCCGACGAGAACGAACCCAGUGGUCACUGGAAUUAGCUGAAAUCCGAGCGAUCCAGUUUGGCCUCCGGUUGAAGGAAAUGAAAUCUCUCCCGCAUGUCGUCUUUGAAUGGAUUGCCAGACGGUGUUUUUGUCAUUGAGGAACCAAACAAAGACAUGGUUGCAACACUAUGUGAAAGUGUUGUGUCAAAUAUACACUAGUAACACUUUUUCUUAGAGUUGCGAAAAAGACCCUAUUGCAACACUUAAAUUGCAACACAGUGUAAAAUAGUUGCCUUAGAUAUACAAUAGCACCACUUUUUUUUAAAGUUUCAUAUUAAGUAGUUUACGCAACUUUAAUCAAUUAUAUGUUGCAUUUGCUCUAUUAUUCGCAACAUAUAUAUAAUAAUUAAUUUUUGAGUUGCCUAGACAAAGGAAGAGUACUUAUAUAAUUAUAAAUAAUAUAUAUCAGAUCAACUUUUGUCCAUUCUUAACAGCUUGCUAACUAUAAAAACGAUGGAAAGUUGGGAAUGCAAUUCUCCUCACUAAUGGACAUUCUUUUGCAGACUAGGUUGACUGCAUCAUUUUAUUUUAUAAUUGACAUUAUUUCCGGUGAAUAUGAUUAGCAUUAUUUCUUGCUAAGCCAAACUCCAAACGGAGCAUGUAUGGCCAUCUGGGUAAAAUACUAAUGCAAGAAAAAAGAUCCUGUUGGCUGAAAUAAAAAUUACGAGGAUAAUUAUCAUUUAAUCGUAGAUGAUAUUUAAAUCAAUGGUGUAGAUCGACCUCCCUUUUGGAGUUACCCACAAAUUCACACUUUUUAUAUGAGUAUCACAAAUGAUUUUGGGGAUCUUUUGGAUAUCAUAUUUAAUUUUUAAUUGAUUAUUUCUUUUUCUCCUCUUCCCCUUUCCAUAUACGUUUGGUCUCCUUUCCUCAUAUACUCCAUGGUCCUGGAUUUAUUUACCGCGGGACUCUCUUUUUUCUUUCUUCCUCCAAAGUCUCCAAAAGAGAAAGGUUGCACAGAUGCCUGCUAAGGGAUGAUGAAGCUGAAGGAGAUUGAAAUCUUGUAAGCACCAAGAGAUCAUGGAGCCACUGAUUCGAAAGCUCCGUCCCAAGAACUGUUGAGGGAAGCCACUCAGGAUUUUAGAAAGGAUUCGAGGUUCUGUAGCAGCGCAACAUCAACUCUCUAAAAAGUGACAUAGAAACCACUUUUGUGUUCGAUGAACAGGCAACGAAGGAUUUUAGGAUCAAUAGACAAGUUUUUUACCA